AUGUCGCUACUCAAUUCUCACCUAGAGCAGAUCACGCUUUCUUCCAAUGCUAUUGCCGACUUGCCGUUCCCUCCCCCACGUAUUUUUACCACUGCAUUGUUGGGCUCCCACGAUAUCACAGCCUUGAUCCGUGAUACAGAAGCCCACGAGCGAGCACUCUUCCAGGUUGACCCCUCUACCAAGGCCCAUGGAUCCCAAAGACGCGCUACACGACGCGGGACUAUGUUCCCUGCUGAGACCGAAAGGGAGUCAAUGGCAAGCCGCAUUUAUUCAGCACGGGACAACCGUAACCAGUCUGCAGUGGCAAGGGUACUGGGACAUGAUAUGAUGGAAGAGAUCAAGCGAUCAGCGGGUACCUCCACUAGAGGACCCCGCGGGGAGGUUAAUAUUGAAGUGCUCCUUCGCGGCGCCGAGAUCCUAUGCAAAGUUUAUCCGGUUGCGGGCGCACAGGAAAAGAUUGCCAACCUUCGCUAUCGGCAUGAGAUGAUCAGUGAGUCCAUAGCGCAGUUGGAAGGUCGGGUUGCAACAAACACUGCAGAACUGGAUCAGAUGAGACAUUCUUAUGAGGAUGAAGAUGAUUUUUCCCCUGCACCGGUGGCACAAUCAGAGGUCCCAGAGGUCACUGACGAGGAUAUUGAGCAAGAGUUGGCCGAAAUCCGAGUCUUGGAGCAGAGAAAGCGAAGGCUAGAAGAGCGGGUUACAGGCAUGGAUCGGGAUCUCGGUGGUUUGAUAGACUGA